AUGAUGUUAUCGUGUCAGGUCGCUUGUUCGAUCAUACUUACUGCACUAGUUUGGAUUCAUGGCAUUGGAAGUCGAUUCUCAAGCUUAAGGCAACUUGCGAGGCCGUUUAUUGUAUGCACGGUUCAAAAUGGAAGAUCAGCUAGUUUCUGGUUUGAUCAAUGGACACCGUUGGGAGCUCUAAUUGAUGCUCUAGGACCUUCAGGACCCCGUGCUCUACGGAUAACUCUUCAAGCUACGGUCUCCGAGGCUACCACAUACGACUUAUGGAAUCUGCCAGCGCCUAGAUCCGACGAAGUAGUAGCUCUCCAUGCUUAUCUGACAACAAUUCAUGUUCCUUCAGGUGCACUUGACUCAGAUUUCUAUUCUUGGACCAUUGAGGGGGUGAAGUUUCAGUCUUUCUCCUCAUCCAAAACAUGGAACACGAUCAGAGAAAGACAACCAAACCGUAAUUGGUACAAUGCGGUAUGGUUGAAAGGCAAUACGCCUAAACAUGCUUUCCAUAUGUGGGUUGCUGUCAAUGACAAGCUACCGACGCGCUCCAGAUUAGCGGCUUGGGGGAAUGCUCACUCCAACCACAUGUUGCUUAUGUUGGAGAUAAACAUAAAGAUAACUUAG